AUGGUGCUUCAGCCCAACGGCACUUUACAAGACCCAAAGGAGAUAUGCAGGGAUGAAUUUGCCCACAAAGACCAUCUUGGGAGGCAGCCUAAGGACCUGAAUCUGAAGAAGGAAGAAUCUGUUACUCUGCAAAAGGAGGAUCCCGUUGCUACUAUUCAUCCAAACCGCCAUCUCAAACGCACAUAUGCAUUUUAUGGUGAUAUUUCUGAACUGGAUCUUGACAUUUUUACCAACUACAACCACUCUAUGCCGUCGCGAACUCAGCAUCCUAAGAAGCCAGCUCCUGCAAAGAAACGAGAUGACGUGCUUAGCAACGAUGAAUCAAACACCCAGAGCUCAGACUCCAAAGGUGAUCUUGACAGCUUUUCUGAAGAGGACGAUGAUUCGGAAAUGGACCCCGAAGGACUUUCUGAAGAAAUUGCUGCGGCAAGAAAUCCCCAGGCCGACAACUGGGUAUUCCCUUCUGUAGAUCCUGAAAAGGGAAAGAGGAUUGAGUAUACCAAGGCAUUGAAAAAGGCACAAAUAAAAAUCGGAGAGUUACAAGUUACUAUUCGUAAGCUCCAUAUUCGGAAUGUUGAGCUGGCGACAUAUGUUAUGAGGUUCAAGAAACAGAAGAAAUCGCAAAAGUCAAAAACGUCUCAGCUAUCAAACAAAGAUAAGCGGAUUGCGCAGCUAGGACGUCGAUUUGGAAUUAUGAAUGAACCCUUUGUUCCUCCAGCAGCAUUCUUGGUAGCAAGGCCGUCAACUUUCAGCACGGAUGCAAAGCGAUAUGAGUCUGAAAUGUCCCAGCUGAACGGAGUAAUCGCUGAGUUGUUUGAGGAGAUUCCAAAAGAUCUGCAUGGAGACUUAAAGGGAUCACCAGAUUUUAGGAAGACGUUUCUGAAUGGUCUUCAUAGCUGCCGUCGCAGCAUGAUUCACCAAUUGAGAUCCACGACAGCCAGCCAGAUCUUUGGCUUUUCACAGGCAUUUUACCAGGUUGACUAUGAUCGCAAAAAUCUGCAACAGUUCCAAAAUUUAUUAAAGUUACCUGGGGAAACACGGUACUCAAAAUUUGCCCCAAUCUUGUUUCCGAACAACCAGAAGAAUAUGAAAUUCAUCUUUCGCUCUUGUCAUCUGGCCAAGAUGCUUAAGACGGUUUUGUUUGGUCCAUCUUCUUUGAAUUCAAAAAAAAAACCAUCAGGUAGAACACAGGGAAGAAUGUGGGGACUUUCGGUUGUGACACCAGGGUCUAUUGCCCUGAUGGCUGUUUGGGCUAUAUUCCUACACUCUCCCGAUAGAGAGUUUGCUUCUGUUGGUGCGAUAUCCGGCAUACCAUAUGAGCGAUGGUAUAUGCACUUCAAAUCUUUUUUAAUGAAAUCAGCAGGAAAACCGCACAUUCAGAAACUCUUCGCCUGGUGGAAUGGUUGGGUUUUCUCCUUUACGGAAUCCAAACAGCCGCAUGUUGAAGAUGAAGGUAGCAGCGGUAUGGAGGAAGCAGAGCUAUUCCAAUCAGACGCCAGCUCUGAUGAAGAAUUCAGCAACCACUCAGAUAUAAAGGAGGCAGAAAGGGAGGCAGAGGCAGAGAAUGCCGCUGUAGUGGCUCAGCUCAGCAUGCUUCAAGUCUCGAAUACAGAUAUCCCUGAUGUCGAACGGGAGGCUGUCGAUGGUAGUCUAUCACCAGACUCUUUGCUGUCUAAUGAAGAAGCCGAUGACCAGCCAGCGCCCCCCACCAAUCAACUUGAAGAUGAUAGGAUUUCCAUUAAAUCAAACAUUACACCAGAAGCCACCAGCGUUCACGGUGAAGAAGCUCUCCAGAUGGUUCUAGACAAAACUCCCCAGAUUCCGGUCAAAGCCACCGAUGGAAAGUUGGACAAAUCAAAGCAGCAAAUAGGACCCAAGGGCAGAAAGAAGAAAGAGGUAACUCAAGCAGAGAUUGUCCAAGAGCAAUUUGGUGAGAAUGGCCUGUCGGAGGAUGUGUCUACAGAGGCAAGGAAAGGUGGUAGGGCGCUGAGAGCAAGAUGA